GACCUGAAUCUACUCGAUAGAACAUCCCCCGUGACUAGUGGGGAUAAGGGCCAAUCAAAUAAUUUAUUAUAGUUGUUUUUGCUUUUAUAUUUUUUUAUUAUCCUUUUUUUAACAUUAUAUGAUCUCUACAGAGUUCACUACAGUACAGUAAUGAUCCAGCGAAUUGAUGUUCAUUCCUCACUUCCUUUAAUAACCAAAGGAAUUAGAUUACCAACUUGGGGAAUGAGACUUGCAUUGAGCUUCAAACACAAACACACAUUCUCAUUUUCUCGAAAAUACCUAUCCACAACUACAUGUUCAAUCUCAAACCCGAGUAAAAACAAGCAUAAGGUCAUUGUGAUCUCCGGUCCAACCGGAGCAGGAAAGAGCAAGCUCGCAAUAGAGCUUGCAAAGAAACUCAACGGAGAGAUCAUCAGUGCUGAUUCGGUUCAAGUGUACCGUGGUCUUGAUAUUGGCUCAGCCAAGCCUUCCGUCUCUGAUAGAAAAGAAAUUCCUCAUCAUUUAAUCGAUAUAUUGCAUCCCUCAGAGGAGUACUCUGCAGGGCAGUUCUUUGAGGAUGCGAGAAAAUCCACAAAGGAAGUACUUGAAAGAGGCAAAGUGCCCAUAAUUGCAGGAGGCACUGGCUUAUAUUUGAGAUGGUUUGUUUAUGGGAAACCCGAUGUUCCAAAAGUAACGAUGGAGGUUGCUUCUGAAGUUUGCUCUGAGCUUGAAGAGUUUAUGAAAAGAGGAAAUUGGGAUGAAGCUGUUGAGUAUGUAGUUAAGGCUGGAAAUGAAAAGGCUUAUUCAAUCCCAUAUAAUAAUUGGUAUCGCUUGAGAAGAAGUCUCGAGGUUAUUAGGUCAAGUGGGUCACCUCCUAGUGCUUUUGAAGUUCCAUAUGAUUCUUUUCGUGACCAAGUUGAAUCAAAUGUUGGAAUUGAAGAAAAUUUGGCGAAGGAAUUGGAGUAUGAUUUUAUUUGCCUUUUUCUCUCUAGCCCGAGAAUUAAUCUUUACAGAGCGAUUGAUUUGAGAUGUGAAGAGAUGCUGAUGGAUACUGAAGGUCUUCUUUCUGAAGCUUCGUGGCUUCUUGAUAUAGGUCUUCAGUCUAAUAUGAAUUCUGCUACUCGAGCUAUUGGGUAUAGACAAGCAAUGGAGUAUUUGCUUGGUUGUAGGCAAGAAGGGGGGAAAAGUUGCCCUGUUAGCUUUCGUGGGUUUUUGUUUGAGUUUCAGAAAGCAUCACGAAAUUUUGCAAAGAGGCAACUGACUUGGUUUCGCAAUGAAAAUAUUUAUCAUUGGCUUGAUGCUUCACAGCCUUUGGAGACUAUUCUUGACUUCAUUUACAAUGCUUAUCAUGAGGAAAGUGUGGUGGUGCCUGAGUCUAUUCAAAUGGAAAAAAAUGUAUCUGGAAGGCAAGAGACAUAUGAGAUAAAGUCCUAUCGAACUAAAAACAGGAUUUUUAGACAGGAUGAAGAUUGCUAUCACAUUUUAGAUUGGGUGAGGAGGACUCAACGGCGAUAAGGUAAGGCAAGUUUAUCGAUUGCAACUUCAAAAGGUUACAUCAAAGGCAUAGACGACUCAUUGAGAGCGACACACAAUUAAAGAGAACGGAUCAUGCUGAUAUAGAGGAGUUACACCAUCGCUCAUGGAGAUUUUGGUGAUGUUAGAAGUUUUCUUUUGCUUUCUGCGGCUUAAAACUUUUGUCAUCUCAUUCGUUGUGAUCAUAUGUAACUUUUGUUUGAUACCUUGGUACUGCAAUUUAUUUAUUUAUUUUUUUUGGUCCAAAUGAUGUGUUUUGUGUAUUUCAUGUUCAGUUUGUUGGGGGAAUGAAUAAUGUCGGAAACUCCUACAUUAUCUUCUAAAUUUAGGAAGAAAAUUUCUGCCUGAAA